AUGAGUCGUUGUUCGGAUGCUAUUAUAUGCGAAGCAAUUUUUGAUAAAGUUGUGCAUGAUAUUUCAAUAACUACCACGGAUUAUGUUGCAAUACUUGACGAUUCCGCGAAAUAUGGUGCUCAUUGUAAACAUUCCGAUAUAGAAUGUAUUGGAAACAUCCAAGAACUUUGUUUUCAACAUAUUUAUCCUAGUCAAUCAAUUUAUUUUUCAUUUCUCACUUGCCUUAAUUCCGAUCCAUCAAGAAUUGGUACUAAAAGUUGGGCGGAAAAAUGUACCCAAGAUGAGUGUGGUUUGGAUUAUGAUCCUAUUGAUAAAUGUGUUAAUAGUAAUUUGGGUAAAGAAUUAUUUAUAUCAAGUGUACAAAAAGCUUAUCGACGAAAUGUUACCAAAAGUUGUACCAUUUUUAUAAAUGGAAAAUUAAGAUGUAUAAGAGAUGGAAUUUGGUAUAAUUGUGAUGGUGGUUAUUCAGUAGAUGAUUUC